AUGGUCCCGGUUUUGCUGCUGCGGACGCUCGCCGUCGUCGCCGCCGUCGCGGCGCACGCCGGCCACGGCGCCGCCGGCGACGCCCACGACCACGUGUCGCUGGAGUCGCUGGGCCUCGUGCUGAAAAACGCCUACGGCGCCGCGGCCUGCGACGCCGGCGCCUGCGUCCUCGAGCCCUACCGCGAGACGGUCGUCAUCGCGGCCCUCGGCGCCGAGGACCUCGCCGCCCAGUCCGCGCCGGGCGCCAACUCGCUCGCGCUGCGGAGCGACCUCGAGGCCGUCGCGCACUCUUUAACGCAGGACCUGCCGCCGGACCGGCGGAAGUGGAUGCUCGGCCAGCGCCGGCAGCUCGCGGACAAGAUCGCCGCCGCCGAGGGCGCCGAGGCCGGCCCCGACGGCGGGCCCGCGUUCGUCUUCACGCUGCAGAAGACGCCGGAGGUCCGCGGCCACGACCACGGCCACGACCACGACGACGACGGCCACUGCCACGACGGCGACUGCCACACGCACGACCACGCCCACGAGGCGGCGACGGGCGAGCACACCCACGACGGGACGACGCACGUCCACGCCGAGGACAAGCACACGCACGACCACGCCCACGAGGCGGCGACGGGCGAGCACACCCACGACGGGACCACUCACGUCCACGCCGAGGACAAGCACACGCACGACCACGCCCACGAGGCGGCGACGGGCGAGCACACCCACGACGGGACGACGCACGUCCACGCCGAGGACAAGCACACGCACGGCCGCGCCCACGAGGCGGCGACGGGCGAGCACACCCACGACGGGUCCACUCACGUCCACGCCGAGGACAAGCACACGCACGACCACGCGCACGAGGCGGCCGCGGGCGAGCACACCCACGACGGGACGACGCACGUCCACGCCGAGGACGAGCACACGCACGACCACGCGCACGAGGCGGCCGCGGGCGAGCACAUGCACGACAGGUCCACGCACGUCCACGCCGAGGACGAGCACGACCACGGCCGCGCGCUCGAGGACGACGGCCACUGCCACGACGGCGACUGCCACACGCACGGCCACGCGCACGAAGCGGCGACCGGCGAACACACGCACGACGGGUCGACGCACGUCCACGCCGAGGACGCCCACGACCACGGGGACGGCGCGUGCGCGGCGCCCGUCGCGCUCGGGUCCGGCCGGCGCGCGGUCGUCGCGAACGACACGGUGACGGAGCCCGGGGCCUACACGCUCGUCGUCUCCGUCGCCGGCGACGAGUCGCGGCGCGCCGUCUUCGCCGUCGACGUGCGCUUCGCGCGGCGCGCGGCGACGGAGAUGAAGCCCGGCGACCGGUCGCGGUUCCUACGGGCCGUGUCCGUGCUCUACAACACUUCCGCGGCCGCGGGCCGCGACAUCUACGGCGACCAGUUCCGGACCAUGGACGAGCUCUGGGCCGCGCACGCGCUCCUCGGCGGCGACGGCGCGGGCCACGUGCUCCAGUCGGGCGCGCUCGGCGGCGACGACGCCGAGGACCUGCUCGCCAAGUCGGAGCCGCACCGCGUGCCGACGGAGACGCGGGGCUACCAGGGCCACCGCCUCGACGUCCGCGCCGACGGCAACGACUGGGACGCGCUCGGGCGCCGGCUCGUCGGCGCCGCGCGCGAGCGCGACCUCCUCGCCGCCGCGGGCGGCGACGGCGCCGCGGCGCCGGCGUCGGACGCGACGGCCGCGCUCGCGCUGGCCCGGCGCGGCGACGGCGGCCUGGCGCACCCGGCGACGGCGCUCGACGCGACGGGCCACGGCGCCGCGCACGUCGCGCUCGCGUCGAACUACGCGGCCUUCGCGACGCUCCUCGAGGCGGCGGUCCAAAGCGUCGACCCGGCGGUCGCCGUGCCCUACUGGGCCGAGGGCGCCGACGCCGCCGUGCCCGAGAAGACGUGGACCGAGGACUUCACCGCCGACCCGAGCAAGCUCCUCGGCGCGCCGCCCGGCGACGGCGGCGCCGAGGUCAAGAUCGCCGUCGAGGGCAAGUGGGCCUACCUGCCCGUCUUCGAGAAGGACGACCCCCUCGACCCCAAGAACCCGCGCGGGCCGCGCAAGUACCAGGGCUACGCCGUGCCCCUCAUGGUCGCCGAGUCCGACCCCAUCGCCGCCAACCCCUUCGAGACGCACAAGACGCUCCCGCCCAUCGCCGUCGACCACCACCACGACGCCCACGCGUCCGGCUCCCAGCUCCACCACACGCACAGCGGCAAGGCCCACCGCCACGUCUGA